CAGCACACUUGUUACUCUCACCUUGUUGUAGGUGUGGGCACUGCCAGCGGCUGCAGCCUACUUGGAACGAACUGGGAGACAAGUACAACAGCAUGGAAGAUGCCAAAAUCUACGUGGCUAAAGUGGACUGCACGGCCAGCUCAGACGUGUGCUCCGAGCAGGGGGUGCGAGGAUACCCCACCUUGAAGCUGUUCAAGCCUGGCCAGGAAGCUGUGAAAUACCAAGGUCCCCGGGACUUCCAGGCACUGGAAAACUGGAUGCUGCAGACACUGAACGAGGAGCCUGCUACACCAGAGCCAGAACCAGAACCGCCCAGGGCUCCUGAGCUCAAGCAGGGGCUGUACGAGCUCUCAGCGAGCAACUUUGAGCUGCACGUCGCACAAGGCAACCACUUCAUCAAGUUCUUCGCUCCAUGGUGCGGUCACUGCAAAGCGCUGGCCCCGACCUGGGAGCAGCUGGCCCUGGGCCUCGAACAUUCCGAAACUGUCAAGAUUGGCAAGGUGGACUGCACGCAGCACCACGAGCUCUGCUCCGGGAACCAGGUCCGAGGCUAUCCCACGCUCCUCUGGUUCCAGGAUGGCAAAAAGGUGGACCAGUACAAGGGAAAGCGGGAUCUGGACUCGCUGAGAGAGUAUGUGGAACUGCAGCUCCAGAGUGCGGACCGCGGCACCUCAGAGGCCACCCCACCCGCGGAGGCCCCAGUGGGUGCUGCAGAGCCCGAGGCUGACAAGGGCGCUGUGUUGGCACUCACGGAAAAUAACUUUGAUGACACCAUUGCAGAAGGAAUAACCUUCAUCAAGUUUUAUGCUCCAUGGUGUGGCCACUGUAAGAAUCUGGCUCCCACCUGGGAAGAGCUCUCUAAAAGGGAAUUCCCUGGCUUGGCAGAGGUCAAGGUCGCCGAAGUGGACUGUACUGCUGAGCGCAACAUCUGCAGCAAGUACUCGGUACGAGGCUACCCCACAUUGUUGCUUUUCCGCGGAGGCAAGAGAGUCAGCGAGCACAAUGGAGGCAGGGACCUUGACUCGUUGCAAUCCUUUGUGCUGCGCCAGGCGAAAGAUGAACUAUAAAAGCGCAGGUGACGCCGCCUUCCUACGGGCUCCAGGACUGAGUGGAGGAGCACGCCGUGCGGACCUCGGGGAGUUUCAGGUGGUGGUUCCUCAGAAAGCUGUCUGUACUGAACUUGUGGUGUCUUCUGUGUGUGUGUGUGUUAAGCCAACACACUCUACAGAAUUUUUAUUACGUUUCUCUAAGUAAAUAUGAUCCCUUUGCAAACUAA